AUGGCGUCGGGCGAGCUCGAGCUGACGCUGCGCAUCCACCGCGGCGGCCACAACCACAGCGGCGGCAGCGGCAGCGAGCUCACCUCGGACGACGCCGACCAGCAGCACCCGCACCAGCACGGGCAGGCGCCCGCCUCUGCCCCCGCGCCUAUCGCCAGCUCGCCGCCCCCGCCGCCCCUACCGCCGCCGCCGCCACAAUCGCAGCCUCUCAGCCGGCAGCCCUCCAAGGCGCUCAACUCCAAGAACUUCUCGCUGAGCCGAAAGCUGGCCAAGUUCGCCAAGGAGAAGAAAGCGGCGAAGACGCUGGGCAUCGUGAUGGGCGUGUUCAUCGUGUGCUGGCUGCCCUUCUUCAUCGUGAACCCGCUGUCGGUGGUGCUGCCGCAGCAGGAGCUCUUCUCGGCCGUCGUCUGCUGGCUGGGCUGGCUCAACUCGGGAAUGAACCCCGUCAUCUACGCCUGCUGGAGCCGGGACUUCCGCAGGGCAUUCGUGCGGAUACUGUGCGUUUGCUGUCCCAGGCGGAUGCGCCGGAAGUAUCAGCCGGCGCUUCGGUCCAAACCUAGCCAGUUCCUGGGCAACACGGCGGUCAUGCUGGCGCACUCAAGCGUCGGCUAUUCUUCCGUGGGCCGCCACCAGCACCAGCUCUACCGGAUAUGACGUCACGACGCGGCCGGCGGCGAACUGCGGCGCAGGCCCAGCCUCUCGUAGCGCGAUCGCCGUCGGGCCACCCCGCGCCUUGCUGCGUCACUUCCUGUCUCCACCUGUCUGCCCGCCUCGACGCUCCGAGAGCGGCUGCCGUGGAUUCGCACCUGGUUACAACUAAGCUCUUUAUGUGAUGUUGUAUAUUUUGUGUUGUUGUUGAGGGGAAAGUAUACGCUCAGAAACGUAGUUCUUUUUCCUAAUU